GAAGAGGGGAGUGGCGUGAUAAGGCGGAGGAAAGGUGGAGGGGGGAGAGGAGGAGGGUUGCCCAUUUUACAGCUCACUGACCAUUUGGCGAUCCAGGGAGCGGACGGCUGGGUAAAGUGCUUCCUUUGUGGCCGCUGGAGCCAGAUUGGGGGGCUGCUCAUUUGCAUCUCAUUAGCCAUGCAGGCGGCCGGCGCGAUAUAAGGCGGGCAGGCGCCCCGAGCGCAGCCAGAGAGAGAGAGAUCCCAGGCAGGCAGUCAGUACAGCAAGCAGCCAACUUCAAAAACAGAAGGAAAGACAGCAAAGAAGGAAACAAAACACACCCGAGAGGGGGAGGAAAAAAGGGGGGAAAUAAUACACACUUCCCCUACCACCGUAUCACCGCCUUUUCUUUGCCUCCUUUUUCGGACUUGGAUUCCUUCGGGGGGAAAACACGGACCGAGGGGGAUCCUCUCCGCCUCCCUCUCUCCCUCCCGCCUCCUCCUCUUCCUCCGUCGCCUGAAGCCACCGGGAAUUAUCUCCUCGGGGGAUUUCCACCUCGACGAUUAUUUUAAUCUGCUUUGGGAAGCCUUUUCUCCGCCUCUGGGAAUUUUAAGUGGCUUUUCCUCUCCUUUGCCUCCCUCUUCCUUCCUGGGUUGGAGCAAGGAGCCGAAGCGAAGCCCUGAGGAAGCCGCCUCCUCCUCCGUCGAGAGAAGCAGCCCAGCGGCUCCUGGUUUCAGACUCCUUCCGCUGGUUUUGCUCCUCAACUGUCAGGCGAGGAAAGAAGGGAAGGCGACGAGAAGAAGGGGCUCAUCUUUGGGAGGAGGAGGAAGCGGCUCUCCUCGAGGGAGGAAUUGGCCUCGCCGCGUCUUGAACCCCCUCCUUGGCAAGACAGCCAACAUGCGGGGCCAGUCUGCAUUGACUCUGCUGCUUGUCUGUUUGCUCCAGCUCCAGGUCCGGGCCUCGGGCGUCUUCGAGCUGAAGCUGCAGGAGUUUGUCAACAAGAAGGGGCUCCUGGGCAACCGCAACUGCUGCCGGGAGGGCGGCGGGGCGGGGGCGCCGCUGCAGGCCUGCGAGUGCCAGACCUUCUUCCGCGUGUGCCUCAAGCACUACCAGGCCAGCGUCUCCCCGGAGCCGCCCUGCACCUACGGCAGCGCCCUCACCCCGGUCCUGGGCGCCAACUCCUUCGCCGUCCCCGACCACGCCGCCGGCAGCAGCGGGGCCAGCGGAGAGCCCUUCUUCUUCAGCAACCCCAUCCGCUUCCCCUUCGGAUUCACCUGGCCGGGUACAUUCUCUCUCAUCAUUGAGGCACUGCACACUGAUUCUCCUGAUGAUCUCAACACAGAGAAUCCAGAGCGUCUCAUUAGCCGCCUGGCUACCCAAAGACAUUUGACCGUUGGGGAAGAAUGGUCCCAGGACCUGCACAGCAGUGGCCGCACUGACCUCAAGUAUUCCUACCGCUUUGUGUGUGAUGAGCACUACUAUGGUGAAGGGUGCUCUGUCUUCUGUCGCCCCAGGGAUGACGCAUUUGGCCACUUCACCUGUGGAGAGCGUGGAGAGAAAGUCUGCAACCCAGGCUGGAAGGGGCAAUACUGCACUGACCCUAUUUGCUUGCCUGGAUGUGAUGAGCAGCAUGGAUUUUGUGACAAGCCUGGAGAAUGCAAAUGCAGAGUUGGUUGGCAAGGACGUUACUGUGACGAAUGCAUCCGGUACCCAGGUUGCCUUCAUGGUACUUGUCAACAGCCAUGGCAAUGCAACUGCCAGGAAGGCUGGGGUGGCCUUUUCUGUAAUCAAGAUCUCAAUUAUUGCACACACCAUAAGCCUUGCAAAAAUGGAGCUACUUGUACCAACACUGGACAAGGGAGUUACACUUGUUCUUGCCGGCCUGGUUACACUGGUUCCAAUUGUGAGAUUGAAAUCAAUGAAUGUGAUGCCAAUCCUUGCAAGAAUGGAGGAAGCUGUACUGACCUUGAAAACAGCUACUCCUGCACCUGUCCACCAGGCUUCUAUGGUAAAAACUGUGAGCUGGGUGCCAUGACUUGUGCAGAUGGCCCCUGUUUCAAUGGAGGACGAUGUACAGACAACCCUGAAGGUGGAUACAGCUGCCGUUGCCCAGUGGGUUAUUCUGGAUUUAACUGCGAAAAGAAAAUAGACUAUUGCAGCUCAAAUCCCUGUGCUAAUGGAGCUCAGUGUGUUGACCUUGGGAAUUCCUACAUAUGCCAGUGUCAGGUUGGCUUCACUGGACGACACUGUGAUGAUAAUGUGGACGACUGUGCUUCUUUUCCUUGUUUCAAUGGUGGGACCUGUCAAGAUGGAGUUAACGAUUAUUCUUGUACCUGUCCACCGGGAUACAGUGGAAAGAACUGUAGCACUCCAGUCAGCAAAUGCGAACACAGCCCUUGUCAUAACGGGGCGACUUGCCACGAGCGAAACAACCGCUAUGUCUGCGAAUGUGCACGUGGGUACGGAGGCCUCAACUGCCAGUUCUUGCUUCCUGACCCACCUCAAGGAGCAGUGGGUUUCACCAUACCAGAUAAGUACACUAAUGGCCAGAGCUCCCAGUUCCCUUGGAUUGCAGUGUGUGCCGGAAUCAUUCUGGUCCUCAUGCUCUUGCUGGGCUGUGCGGCCCUUGUCGUCUGCUUCCGAGUCAAAAUGCAAAAGAGGCAGCAUCAGCCAGAUGCCUGCAGGAGUGAAACCGAAACCAUGAACAACUUGGCCAAUUGUCAAAGGGAAAAGGACAUCUCCAUAAGUGUCAUUGGUGCCACUCAGAUUAAGAACACCAAUAAGAAAAUAGACUUCCACAGCGAUAAUGCAGACAAAAAUGGCUAUAAAGCCAGAUACCCAUCAGUGGAUUACAAUUUGGUGCAUGAACUCAAGAAUGAGGACUCUGUGAAAGAGGAACGCAGCAAAUGUGAAGCUAAGUGUGAAACAUAUGAUUGUGAGGCAGAGGAAAAAACGGCAGUACAGCUAAAGAGUGAAACAUUGGAAAGGAAACGGCCAGAAUCGGUAUAUUCCACCUCAAAAGACACAAAGUACCAGUCGGUGUAUGUUAUAUCAGAAGAAAAAGAUGAAUGCAUCAUAGCAACAGAGGUUUAAAGAAAAAGCAACAAGAUGGCAAAAGUAUUGUUCUGAAACAAUUGUCAAAGGUUAUAUGCCCCAAUGAAUGCUGCUGAACAUGGAAAGGGAGAAAGAUUCCUUCACUGACUGCUGCUGAGAAACUAAAUUCAGGCUGAGCUGGUUCUCUACUGAAGUUAGCAAAAGUGACUGCAAAUAAUACAUGGUGGACACUAGGCCAGGGUCUGUGUUCAUAGAUACCUGUUGCACUGCCUUUUAUGAAUAUUUAUCAUUGCACUAUGGUCAGUUGCUUUUUUUCUAUAUAUAUUUAAAUGAACGGACUUAAUUUGCUCCAUAAGAAACAUGCACUGCCCGAAGUGUAUAUUUUGGAUUCUUAUGAGCCAGUCGUUUCUUGAACUAGAGCUACAAACACUGCCUUUAUUGUCCUUUUUAUACUAAAAUGUGUUUUUACUAGGUGGGGGAAAAAGUGUGUUAUUUUUUUUAAUCUGUAAAAAUUAUUUUCAGGACAUUUGUAAAUCUUGAGUAUUUUGUGAUGUUUUUUAUAAUUUAACUUUUUGGUAAAUAUGUACAAAGGCACUUCUGGGUCUAUGUGACUAUAUUUUUUUGUAUAUAAUGUAUUUAUGGAAUAUUGUGAAAAACGUUAUUUGAGGUUUUUUUUACUGUUUUUGUUAAUGAAGAAAUUCAUUUUUAAAAUAUUUUUCCAAAAUAAAUAUUAUUAAUGAUA